AUGCUCUCCAUCGCCUCUGCCGCGGUGCUUGCGUCGCUUGCCUUUGCAGUCUCGACGAAUGCUCAAACUACGGUGGUCGUGCAAGGCACUCCCAGUCAUGCUAUACCUUCUACCCUAUGGGGACUCAUGUACGAGGAUAUCAGUAGUGGCGAUGGAGGUCUUUACGGAGAACUCCUACAAAAUCGCGCGUUCCAAAAAGUGACGCCCGGCACCUCAGCCGCUUUGAACGCCUGGCACGCGGUCAACGGCGCAGGGAUCGCUGUCGUUGCAGAUCCCACCCCGCUCUCUUCUGCGCUGCCCAAUGCUCUCGAGGUCACAAUUCCCUCGAACAGCUCUGGCCCAGUCGGUUUCAGCAACGAAGGUUACUGGGGUAUCGCGGUCAACUCGGCGUUCACCUACAACGCUUCCCUCCACUACCGUUUUGCCUCCGCUACGACUUCUCCGGUCACGCUGACCGUCUCCAUCGUCUCGUCCUCCGGGACCGUCUUCGCGAGCAAGUCCGCCCGGGUCACGCCCAGCGCAUCGUGGACGCCCCUAGUGUUCAGCCUGAAGCCCUCACGCUCCGCCAGCGACACCGCGAACAGCUUCCAGGUGACGCUCGAGGGCGCUGCGGGACAGACGGCGCACUUUGCGCUGCUGAGCCUGUUCCCGCCGACGUUCAAGGACAGGGAGAACGGGAUGCGGAUCGACAUCGCCGAGGCUUUGGCCGAGUUGAACCCGUCGUUCUUCCGUUACGUCGGUGGCAACAACCUCGAGGGCGAGUCGAUUCCUCAACGCUGGCAAUGGAAUGCUACCGUGGGCCCUCUCACCGACCGUCCUGGCCGCCUCGGCGACUGGAGCUACAUCAACACAGAUGGGUUGGGACUUCUUGAAUAUCUGCAUUGGACGGAAGACGCGAACAUGGCCUCUAUCAUGGCCAUCUGGGCGGGCUACUCUCUCAACGGCGCGAGCGAGCCCGAGGCCGGGCUGGCACCUUACAUCGAGCAGGCCCGCCAGCAGAUCGAGUUCGUCGUCGGGAGCACGGAAACGCCCGGCGGAGCCCUGCGAGCUUCGUUGGGCCAUCCCGAGCCGUUCGAGCUGAAGUGGGUGGAGGUUGGCAACGAGGAUUUCUUCGCCGCUUCGAGUUAUCUGUAUCGCUGGCCCGACUUUGUCGGUAACCUGUCGGCGCUGUAUCCCGACAUCCGCUUCAUCGGGACCACGGACGCUUGGUCGCCCGUCUUGCACCCCGUCCCCAAGUCGUACGACGUGCACGUGUACCAGACACCCCGUUGGUUUGCUUCCAACUCGUUCUAUUACGAUAGCUUCCAGCGCAAUGGCACGACGUACUUCGAGGGCGAGUAUGCGGCCAUCUCCACCAACCCUAAUGACAUCUUCGGUGCUCCGGCGGACGGCCGGCUGUUGUGGCCAACCAUGGAGAGCUCUUCUGGCGAGGCUGCGUUCAUGACUGGGCUGGAGAGGAACAGCGACAUCGUGUUCGCCGCCAGCUAUGCACCGCUGUUGGGCCAUGUGAACAGCUCGCAAUGGACUCCGAAUCUUGUCAGCUUCGAUGCGGGCCACGUGUACAGGUCCACCAGCUACUAUGUGCAGCAGCUCUUCAGCGUCAACCGCGGCGACGAGUACCUUCCAAGCACGCUGCCCACGCCCAGCGGUACCCUCUUCUGGUCCGUCGUGCGCCAGAACACGCCCGCCGCCGUGAUUAUCAAGGUCGCGAACACGGUCGGCACCGUGGCGGGCCUGACUUUCGAGCUGCCGUUCGACGUGGGCGCGCGCGGGACCGCGCAGGUGCUCACGGGCGGCCAGACGGACAGCAACACGCCCGCGACGCCAGACUUGGUAGCGCCGAAGACGAGCGUGGUCGCGACCGGGCGGACAUUCAACUAUACGGCGCCGGGGUUCAGCGUCACGGUGCUGACGGUCCUGAUCGUGUGA